GGUCUUGUGAGAGUGACGAAACUCGAAGGAGAGACAACAACAGCUUGCAAAGAAGAGUUAGGAGGAGUCUUCCUGUUUUCACUCUGAGAAGCAACACCGUUAGUUAGUUCCCUCCAGCUUUUCUCUGGAUGGAGUAAAAGCACGUAGGCUUAUCUUCAAAUUAAAAACUUCAACACACAGCAGCCUUUCAUCAUUCAAUGUCAACAGGUCGAUUCGCCUUCUCCUGACUUCAUCAACAACUUUAAUGAUGAAUCUGUCCGCGACAUUGGAGACGGAGGAGGAUCUCCUGACUUGUCUCCAAAUCAAGUUCUACCACCCUCAGCAGAGCUCUAAGGGUCUGUACGAGCUGCUGCCUCUGAGGAACAGGAGCAGACAUUCAGUCGACGACCCCAUCAAGCUGGGACGUGACGCCCAGGCCUGCACUUUCACCCUGGUCGAUAUCCGGGUGUCCCGCAAACAGCUGGCCCUCCACGCAUACCGCACGCCCCAGAGCCCGGAUCUGCUGUUCACCAUCCAGAGCUUGAGCCAGAAGGGGCGACUGUCCGUGAACGGCUGCGCCCUUGGCCACCUAGAAAGGAUGGACCUCCCGGACAAGGCCCUGGUCCGGUUCGGAGGGUAUGAGAUGCUGAUCAUCCGAGAGGCCGGCGAGGCCAAGGGGAGCUUCGAGGUGGAGUUUGAGGUGCUGGAGGCGCCCCCGUCCAGAGAGACGUGCAUGUGUGUGCCCACUUCCACAGCGGUCAUGGACACAGGAUCACGCGCGUUCAACAGUUACCCGGCUGAACUCACGGCACUUGGGCCCCUGGAGACUGAUGAGACUCUCAUGUAUCAUUCAUGACGAGCCACACUGCUCCGUGAAACGUUACUUUUUACUGUAUUGUCUUGCGUUUCAGUGCAAUACAAUCUGCUGUGUAGUUGUUACAUUAGAGUUCAAUAUAAGAUCCCUCUUUGUAAUGUGAAAUCCAAGUAUUAUUUUGCACCCUAUAUCUUACUCCAUGUAUACAGAUUCAAAAGCUGUGAUCUUAAUAUAACUUUUGUUUUAAGUGUAAACGGCUUAAAGAUAUUAUUAAAUGUAUUUACAUUUUCAACCUAUUUAACAUUAAAGUUUUUGGUACCAAC